UAAUUACCUAAAACAUAAGCUAAUUAGUAAUUAAUCUUCCUUAAUUAAGCCCUUAAACCUUUGUUUAAAUUUCGAUCUCAUCCACCAGUUAUAGCCUUCAACUUCGUUCCAUAAUUAAGUCUAAAGGUCAAUAUAAUGGAGAAUAUAAAAGCUCCGUUUAGGGGAAUUACAAGCGAUAUACGAGGAAGGCUUUCAUGUUAUAAGCAAGAUUGGAUGAAUGGUUUCAAACAUGGACUUGGGAUACUUACUCCCGCUGCCUCCAUCUUUUUUGCUUCGGCUCUUCCUGCUAUAGCCUUUGGGGAGCUAUUAAAAAAGAAAACAGGUGGAAGCCUGAGUUCAGUACAAACAAUAUCAUCAGCAGCAAUUUGUGGAGUGAUACAAUCAGUAAUUGGCGGACAACCACUUCUAAUACAAGGGGUUGCAGAACCAACUGUUCUUAUGUAUACUUUCUUGUACAAUUUUGCUAAAGAUAGAGAAGAUCUUAAACCUCUGUUCCUGGCUUGGACAGCAUGGGUUUGUGUAUGGACAUCUCUAUUACUGAUGCUAAUGGCAAUUUUAAACGCGUGUGUUAUCAUUGAUCGAUUCACGAGGAUAGCUGAAGAGCUUAUUGAAAUGUUAAUUGCGGUUCUUUUCAUCCAAGAAGCUAUAAAGGGGAUUAUAAGUGAGUUUCAUGUACCCAAAGGGAAAGAUUCAGACAUUAAGGCAUAUGAAUUCGAGUGGCUUUACUCGAAUGGAUUGCUCUCUAUCAUAUUCUCUCUAGGCCUUCUGUAUACAGCCUUCAAAAGUAGAAAAGCAAGAUCAUGGUGGUAUGGAACAGGUUAUAUAAGAAAUUUCAUCGCGAAUUUUGGGGUUCCAUUGAUGGUAUUGGGGUGGACAGCAUUGUCAUAUGGUGUACCAGGCAAAGUUCCUGAUGGAGUUCCUAGAAGGUUAUUUAGCCCUCAUCCUUGGGAUACUGAUUCAUUGCAUCCUUGGACUAUUGCCAAGAAAAUGGGGGAAGUACCAGGAAGACACAUCCUAGGGGCCUUCAUACCUGGAUUAAUGAUAGCAGGACUAUUCUUUUUCGAGCAUAACGUCGCUUCGAAGAUGACACAACAAAAGGAUUUCAAUCUUAAAAACCCUUCUGCCUACCACUAUGACAUCCUUCUUCUUGGCUUUACGACUUUGAUUUGUGGGUUGCUUGGACUUCCUCCUUCCUAUGCUCUUAUCCCACACUCUCCUAUGCACACCAAGGCCCUCGCCGUCCUCAAACGACAAUUGCUUCGCAGAAAGAUGGUUGAAAGUGCUAAAGCUAGCAUACAUGAAAGGGCUAGCAACUCCCAAAUUUAUGGCAAUAUGCAAGCUAUUUUCCUUGAAAUGGACAAGAACAAGCUAACAAAUGCAGUGGUUAAGGAGCUAGAAGACUUGAAGCAAGUAGUGAUGAAAGGAAAAACUAAUGACAAAAAUGGCAAUUCCACAACAUUUGAUCCUGAGAAACACAUAGAGAGCUACUUACCGGUCCGAGUUAACGAACAAAGAUUAAGCAAUCUAUUACAAUCCCUUCUCCUUACCAUUUCAGUUUUCGCCAUGCCUGCUCUAAAGAGAAUUCCAUCUUCACUGCUUUGGGGUUACUUUGCUUAUAUGGCCAUUGAUAGUCUCCCUGGUAACCAGUUUUGGGAAAGAAUCCAACUUCUUCUUGUUAACAAAAGUAGAUUACAUAAGGUUUUGAAAAGAAAUCAUGCUACAUAUGUGGAAAAUGUGCCAUUCAAAUGCAUAGCGGCUUUUACAACAUUCCAACUAACAUACUUAAUCAUUUGUUAUGGGAUGACAUGGAUUCCAUUAGUAGGAAUAAUCUUCCCUUUGCCAUUUUUUCUUCUUAUAAUCAUAAGACAUCUUAUACUACCAAGGUAUUUUGAGGCACACCACUUACACGAACUCGACGCUCAUGAGUAUGAGGAAGUUGUAGGUGCUUCAAAGCGUUCUUUCCGUCAUAUGUCACUCUCUUUCAAGGAAAAUGGAACAUCAAAUUACAACAUUGAUGAUGAAGAAGAAUUAGAUGAAGAAUUUUCUGAUUCUGAGAUUUUAGAUGAGUUAACAACUCAUAGAGGGGAGCUAAAGAUUAGAACUAUGAGCUUUCGUAGCGAAAGAUGGACUUCGAGUGGUAGGAAAGAGGUGAACCCUAGAGCUAUGAGUUUUCGGCAUGACCCACCUUCCAAGGUCCAUCCGGAAGACAUUGUAUAAUAAGAAUAAGUUGAUGAACGUACAUACGGUUUUACUUGAAGAAGUGAUCGGUAACUUGACGAUGAUGACCACAAUGGAAUCAAAUGAUAGCCUUAUUUGAAGUUUUACGUUAGCAAAUUAGUGAACUUUGUUAUACAUGUACAUAAAAUGUGAUACUCCGUACAUAAUACAUGAUAUAAUAUGUUUAGGAUGAUAUUAAAAUGGCUACGAUAAUUUUUUUUUUUGGUGUAAAUGGCUACGAUAAUUUUAUAUCUACUAUAAAUUUUUAAUCUAAACUUUAUAUUUCAUUAAAUUAAAUCUACACCAAUUGACUUUUGGAUUUUUUUAGAAAAAUAAAACAAAAUAAUAAGGAUAAUGAUAAUAUAAACUUUUGUAUUGUCUAUUAGCAAAGGUUAGGCCUUGGGCCUAGGCAUCUUGGACUUGGGCGAAUAAACAUUAACUUCAACCCAAAGUGUCUUUUUUGUAUCAUCGCGGGCCUCCUUAUCUUUAAAGUUCCCUCCUAAUUGCAUGUUGCACACUAGCCUAAAGACCACCAAUCCCAAACUUGAGAUAAACAAGCUGCUCAUAUCUUUCUAAUGCGGAAAAAUUAAUACUAACUAGCUCCAGGGGCGAAGCCAGACUCGGUUAUCAAGGGGGGCCGAAUACUAAUUAAGCAAGUGAGUUUAGCCGUUUAGGGGGGCCAGUCCAAUAGAAACUAUCUAAUGUUAACUUGUUAGUCUUUUAUUUAAUAGGUGCGGUUGUGAUUUUAGUGAUACACCUUAUUUAAAUAGAGGUGCAAAUUUAGGUUUAAACAAUAUAUAAAUUAAGUGGUAAAUGUAUUGAGCGAUAAAGAGGGAGAUGGAAUGGAAAAGGUUGAUUGAAUAUAUGAAUUAAAUGGUGAAUUGAUGUUGAAUGAAAAAGAUGAAGUGGAAAAGGCGUACAUUGGAGCUGUAAAAUAUAGUAAACAACAAAAGGAAAAAUUGAACAAAAACAA